AAUAAAGUAAAUGACUUAAGAGUAUCGCAAGAUUAGUAGGUAAAAUAUAAAUCCAUUUUUUAAUCGACGUCCUAGGCAUCACCGUCAUGGUUUCGUAGAACAACAUGAAUCUCUCUCAUUUGAAAUUUGCAAUAUCCUUUAUUGUAAAUGAAAUUUUUAAUUUUUCCGCUCAUUAUUGCUUUAUGUCCGAUCGCAACAACUAUCCCUGCCCACUCCUCUACCAUUUAUUCCGGUGACACAAACUUCCCCACCCCUCCUACCCUUGUGCUCUACAAUUCAAACACAAAAUGGCGGGCUUACUCAAAGUUGCAGCUUUCUUUGGAUUUUGCACAGCUGUUGCAGCCGUUUUGAUUGCGUGGUACCUAAAGGAGAAUUUCGAUCCUGAAAGUGUGCGAGGCAAAAAGGUAGUAAUUUGUGGAGCGUCCACAGGAAUCGGAGAGGACCUUGCUUAUCAGUACGCCAAACUUGGCGCCCAACUUUUGCUUGUUGCUCGAAGAGAAGAGGCCCUCAAAAAAGUCGUGGCACGUUGCGGGGAAUUAGGUGCGGAAACUGCUAACUAUUUUGUGGCUGACCUGUCUUCUUUGGAAGCUGCAAAGCGUUUAGCUGCAGUAAGUGUAUUGUUAGAAAUUGUGCACCCUGUUUACGAUAGUCCUAAGCUUGAACCGUUCCCACAGCUUUUCCAGCAGGUUAAUAAAUAAGCUUAAAUAACUUUGGCAGUUCAACUGAUUUUACAAUAAGCUUUAUAUGGGUAUCACAGAAAUACCCAGUCAUUGGUGAGCACGUUGUGGUCAUCUUCACGACAUAGCUUAGAAGGUGUUAUAUUAAUUGCUUUGGUAACCUAGUAACAGCGAAACCUGUUCAAAACACCCUUUAUUUUAAGGUGGCUCAUAAUGCAUGGUUUUGAGCACUUUUCAACCUUUCUUCUUUGAGGAACAAUGCUACCUCUUGUUUAAAACUAGAGGCAGCACUGAUUAAGAGAAGAAGAAAAUUUGGAGCCACCUUAAAUUUUUCGAAAAAUAUGCAGGGUGGCUCUGAAUCUGAAACUUACAAAAAGUUGCAACUUAACAUAUUAAUCACAAUAAUAUUUGAUAACAAAAAUUGGAUUCAUAAUCACCAGGCUUGUUUUUUAGGGGUUUAAAAAGUCCUUGAAACAACCUGAACAGAGCUGUAGCCAGAAAAAAAUUAUGACUGAGGCAAUGUCCAUGAUUGAGUGUGCCCAUGAUCCUCAAGAUUGCGGGUACACCAGGUCACCUGAGAGGAAACUGAGCCUAUUACCCUAGAGUCCACUGAAAAGGUGCUGGUAUUAAUCUAUCAAAGCAGAAGUGUUAAAACAUUCUAGAAGCAUCUGUUGGGAGCUUAAAUACCCUGUUCUGUACAGAAAGGGCAAAAACCAUUGCCUGUCAGGUAGUAUGUUGCUGUAUAGGAGCAACCCCUGGGGCCUAAAGGACAAUACAAAUUCCC